AUGUUGUAUCACACAACAUGGUUGGUGGCAAAAUUAGAUCCCAUCAAGUAUAUUUUUGAAAAACCCUUCCUGUCUGGAAGAAUAGCUCGAUGGCAAGUGCUAUUGUCUGAGUAUGAUAUUGUGUAUGUGUCUCAAAAGUCAAUCAAAAGGAGCGCCAUCGCUGAUUUCCUCACAGAUCGAGCUAAUGAGGAUUAUGAAUCUGUAAGUUUUAAUUUUUCAGAUGAAGAUUUGAUGGCCAUUUUGCACAUAGAAAAAGACGUUCCCAAUGAAUUUAAUCCAUGGAAGAUGUAUUUUGAUGGAGCAUCCAAUGCUUUGGGGCACGAAAUUGGGGAAGUGUUGGUUUCUCCAAAUGAAAAGUACUAUCCGGCCACAGCGAGAUUGAAUUUCAAUUGUACUAAUAAUAUAGCGGAGUACAAGGCGUUGGUAAUGGGAUUACAAGCAGCAAUCGAGAUGAAGGCUGACGUGAUAGAUGUUUACGGAGAUUUGGCUUUGGUGAUAUGUCAAAUGAGAGGCGAAUGGGAAACUAGAGAUUCUAAACUAGUUCCAUAUAAAAAGCUGGUUACAGAAUUAAGCAAACAGUUCAAAGAAAUCAACUUCAACCACUUGCCUCAAGAAGAAAAUCAGAUUGCUAAUGCUUUGGCCACUCUCGCAGCAAUGUUCAGAAUAAAAGAAGUGGCUAAUGUACGCCUUUUUGAUAUAGAAGUCCAUGAAAUCUUCGCACACUGGUUGAAUGUUGAGGAAGAGGUUGAUGGUAAGCCGUGGUAUCAUGAUAUCAUGCAAUACAUCAAGCACCAGGCAUAUCUUGAGAAUGUCACAAACAAUGACAAGCAAACUCUUAGAAGAUUGGCAAUGGGUUUCUUCCUUAGCGGAGAAGUGUUCUACAAAAGGAGUCAAGAUCAAGUACUUUUGAGAUGUAUGGAUGUUACGGAAGCCAACAAGAUAAUGAAAGAAGUCCACGAAGGAACUUGUGGAGCUCAUGCUAAUGGACAUAUGUUGGCUAGACAAAUUAUGAGAGCUGGUUAUUAUUGGUCAACGUUGGAAUCCGACUGCAUAAACUUUGCUCGAAAAUGCUACAAGUGUCAAGUUUAUGCAGAUAGAAUCCAUGCUCUACUAGCCCCAUUGCAUGUUUUCACAGCGCCUUGGCCAUUUUCGAUGUGGGGAAUGGAUGUGAUUAGGCUUAAAACGCCAAAAGCCUCUGAUGGACAUCGAUUCAUAUUGGUGGCCAUUGAUUAUUUCAUAAAAUGGGUAGAAGUAGCUUCCUAUGCUAAUGUGACACAAAAGGUGGUGUGCAGGUUCAUCCAAAGGGAGAUCAUAUGUCGGUAUGGGCUUCCAGAAAUGAUCAUAACUGAUAACGCAAGCAAUUUGAAUGGUGCGAUGGUGAAGGAUGUUUACGCUAAAUUCAAGAUCAAGCAUCAUAACUCGACAACUUACCUUCCGAAGAUGAAUGGAGCGGUAGAGGCAGCCAACAAAAACAUCAAAAAGAUUGUCGAAAAGAUGACUGAAGUUUAUAAAGACUGGCAUGAAAAACUUCCUUUUGCCUUGCACGUAUAUCGAACUUCUACGCAUACCUCCACCGGGGCAACUCCGUACUCAUUAGUAUAUGGUACAAAAGUAGUUAUACCUGCUAAAGUAGAAAUCCCAUCAUUGAGAGUGUUGAUGGAAACAGAAUUUGAAGGUGCUGAGUGGGUCUGA